GUUAACUAUUAAAUUACAAACACUGGACCCAGCGUGCCUUUCGACGGCUGGAGCUAAAACUCGAGGAAGCCUCUGGCGUGUUUCAUCAGCAUAUUUUUGACAACCCAAUAACAAUGAACAAAUUUCGGUUUAGAGACUAUGAUGCCUUGGGGCUCCGAGCUCGGAUACCCGGCGACACGGCGCCGAAUGCACACCAUAUAUCUAAACGAAAGCAGAAGCAAAAGGAUGUGGAGGUAGUGUUUGAUGCGAAAGAUUACAAGGAGUACGUCACGGGCUUCCGUAAACGGAAACAACAGAGGCGGCAGGACGCCAUGAAACAAAUCCAGGACAAGGCGCGGCAAGACCGAAACGAACAGCGUACGCAGAAGCGCAACAAGCUGAAGGAGGAGCUCGGUCUUGGCGACAACUACGGCGUGGAGGACAGCAGCGACGAGGAGCGCGAUGAGACUGACGCGGCGCCACAGCACACCACCGUGUACCAGGGCGACGGCGGCGUCACCACCACCGUCAACAUCAUGGCGCUGGAGUCGUCGGAGGACGAGCCGAUGCCUGGGGAGGAGGAUGGCGGGGAAGGCGGCGAGGAUGGCGGCGAGGAGCUGGAGCGGGGACGCAACAGCAGUGGCGCGGGGCCACGCCCCGGGUCCAAAAGGCAAGGAGGGAUACGGGCCGCACGUGGUGGCGGCAGCGGCAAGCGCCCAGGCAUCUGUUCCCAGGCAGUCAGACGCCUCAAUUGACCAUACCGCACUAGAGCAGACAGCUAGCCAGCCGCUUAGGACAGGCCAGGCGCUGGGAAGUGCUCUGUGAACAUAGGGUGGCCAGUUAGAGCAGACGGGCUGGAUAUUGCUCUGGCAUAAAUUGCAUACGCAAUAGAUGAUAUAGUGUGGAUUGUACUUGACGCGUGUUGUUUGGGUGCAGCAUGGCCCUACUGUACUUGCGUGAAGACGGCCGCGAAGUGCAGGGCUUCAGCGGGCCAGGGCUGCAGACUUUGACUGGCCAUGAGCGCUUGACUCGGGGCG